UCCGACGACGUUGCACGCGUUUGCACUAAAGUGGUUUGUUUAUUAUCGCGCAUCCGGUCAGAAUGAAGUUCAAAACGUACACGGGCAUUACUUGGUCCAUUUUAGAACUCGCGGGCCUCCUCGAGGACGAAGACUCUCACGUUUAUUUCGAGAGAUUGAAGAAGCAUUUUGGUUUGCAUCCGUUUCAUUUGACGAACCUAAAUGCCGCGCUGAACGAAAUCCUAAGUUCGAAUUUAAAUUUGCACGACGCCGAAUUAAAAGGAUUUCUGUUGGCUUACAAAAAUCCUAAACUACUAACCUCGUUGGGCGAAAUAUUUUACGAUACUUGUUUCAUUCACGUUGACAUCGAAGCAGAUUUUUAUAUAUUCAGGCCCAAAGUAGGAUGUUCGUUGAAAGGAAUUGUCAAUAAAAAAGGAAUAGACCACAUCGGAGUUCUCGUACACAAAGCAUUCAACGUAUCGAUACCAAAAAUGGAUAACGAUGAGAAUUGGCCCGGCGAUAAUCUUGAAAUUGGCCAGGAAGUACGGUUUAAAGUAACUUCUCUCGACUUUGAUAGUAAAUUGCCUUUUAUUCGUGGUAUUUUAAAUCCAGACGAUUAUUUACAAGGAUGUAAAUUAAUGGAAAAGACAUCUAAGAGGACCCAUUUUAAUAACCAUCGAACCAACGAUGAAAGUAUAGCGAGUAACGAAUUGGAAACUAAUUCCAAACAACACAGAUUUUUUGCCACCGAUUCUGAAAAUAGUUCAGACGAAGGUGUAGCGAAAGUGAAGAAAGAAACACCUCCAGUAAAGAAAUCAAAGAAGAAAUUUGAUAAAGAGAAACCAACGGAGAGCAUUGAAAUAAAGGAAGAAGACGAGAAACAUGGUAAAAAAUUUAAAAGAGUUAAAGAAUCUAUGCCCGAACCGAUUAAGAUAGAAGAGACAGUGGAACAAUAUACGAACAGUAAUACCGUAAAUGGUGAAUUGGAAAGUGAUCAGGAAUUAAAACCAGUUUUAAAGAAGCGUGCAAGAAAAAAAUCUAGGGACCAUGGUUCGCAAAGUAGCUUGGACGAACAAUACAACGAAAAGUCUGCGAAGUCUCCAAAAAGUGUGUCAAAAAGUUUAUGUAACGAAGAGUCUAAAACUAAAAUUAACAGAAUUAAAUUGGAACAUGAAAGUAGUAGUUCCGAGCUGGUUGUGGAAGAAAGUGAACCUAAAAGCAAAGUCAAGUCCAAGAAACACUUUGCGAAGAGAAAGCUCCUGGACGAAACCGAUAAUUCUGCAGAUGAUUUUACUGUAGAGAAAUAUAUAACGAGCAAAAAGAAAUUGAAGAUCAGAUCGUCAGAUUGUGAUAAUGUCUCUGUUAAAGCGGAGGAAUCGUACGGAGCAAACGAAGAAGUAGAAGAAAUUUCGAUUCAGAAGCAUCCUAAAAGACAUAAACAUCCUAUAAAGUUAGAGUUCCCUGAAAGUGAUGUAGAUGGCAGUAGUAACGCUGAGAAGACUUCGGGAAGAAGACGUUCGAGAACGUCGAGUAUAGCGGAUUCCGAAUUUGCAUUUCACGAUAUAAACAUUAAGAAGGAAAAUCCGAAUAGUAGUUCGGAAAAUACAGAAAAUGAGGAUCGCGUAAAAGUUUGCAAAGCAUCGACGGAAAAGCCUGACUUAAAUACGUCUACGAACAGUUCUAAUCACGAUACGAUGGGGGACAACGAUACUUCGAUCAAAAAGAAACGAAAAAAACACUCGAAGAAGAAUAGCCUUUUAGACAGCGAUGUAAUUAAAAUAGAGCCUGGUUUCGAGGAUAUAGUUAAAGUGGAAAUAUUUGACGACGAUGUUUAUACUCCGAACAAAAGUUCGACGAAAAAGAAGCACAAAUUCGAUUUGAAUAGCGUCACCAGCGAUACGGAAACGGAUUUGAAAAGUAACGCGAGGCAUUCGAAAAAGAAGAAAACAUCGAACGAUGAAGUAAUUUGUCAGGAUGUGAAGGUGAAGAAGGAGAAAUUUGUAACGAACGUUGCGUCUGAAAUUGAUGAAGACGACGUAAUAGAGAAGAAGCAAAGCAAAAAAUUAAAUAAGUCCAGAAAAUUCGAAUCGGAAUUUGACUUUAGUGACGUUCAGGUUAAAACUGAGUACUGCGCUGACAGCUAGGACAUUUGAUAAAUGUAUUUUAUAAUGACGUGAUUCGUGGUUAAUGUACUUUUUUUUAAAAAAAGAACUCGAUCUCGUGCAUGAAUCUAAGGCGCAGCGUGUUUGCAUCUCCACGCCUGUUGCAAUCCGCUGACUCGCAGGUAUUGGUCGACGAAGAUCGGUGACAGCCAAUCAGCGAACAGCAGCAAGAUUGGGGUUAGAAGUACGCUGCGCCCUCUACUCGUGGAAGGACACUACAAAAUGCAGUGCUACACGUAUGAUGCAUGCGCGCACGCAAAGUUUUACGGAUCAUAAUACGCAUAAA